AUGCCUGCUAACCGAGCCUUCGACUUGUAUGCCAAAUCGACGAGCAAGAAAAAGUCCAGCAAGCGCCACCCUAGGGAAGGCUGCAGCAAUCCCUCUGCGAAGAGGUCUCAAACAGAGGACCCUCCUACGCCUACUACCACAGAGGAGACAACUCCUCCACCAGAUCCUGCCAAAGAGACAUCCCCGCCGAUUCCAACGAAUCAAGACCCCCCAGAUCCGGUCGAACAGACUCCUCCACCAGCUCCCGUCGACCUCACGCCUCCAGCUUCCACCGACCGGCAGCCUGCUGGUCACCGAGAAGAAGCCUCAAGAGAAGAUCUCACGGGCGUGGUUCUCAAUUCAACUAAGGAUAGGUUGUCCAGAAUAACAAAGCACCGUCGCAGCCAAGAGGCGAUUCAAGAGACCGGUUCCAUGGUGGUUGAUCAAGUCUUCAACCGUGCACCGAAUAAAGUGCUCGCUGGAUUUCUUACCAUGACCUUUGGCUGGCGGAGCUCGAGGACACUGCGCGCUCAGUUCGAGAAGAAACUUAACGAUCACCUUAGCACUGCUGAGGCCCAAUAUACCGAGCAGCUCAAAGCGACUGAAGCCACUCACGCCGAGCAGCUGAAGGAAGUUGAGGCAAGGCAUACUGAGGCACUAAAGGAGGCUGAGGCGAAGCACAUUGAGGCACUGUAA